AUGGCCGACUUCCUCAUGGGAGGUGUCUCUGCCGCCGUCUCCAAGACUGCUGCUGCCCCCAUCGAGCGUAUUAAGCUCCUCAUCCAGAACCAGGAUGAGAUGCUUAAGCAGGGCCGUCUGGACCGCAAGUACGAUGGUAUCGCCGACUGCUUCAAGCGUACCGCUGCCGACGAGGGUGUCAUGUCCCUGUGGCGUGGUAACACUGCCAACGUCAUCCGUUACUUCCCUACCCAGGCCCUGAACUUUGCCUUCCGUGACAAGUUCAAGAAGAUGUUCGGCUACAAGAAGGACAAGGACGGCUACGCCAAGUGGAUGGCUGGUAACCUGGCCUCCGGUGGUGCCGCUGGUGCCACCUCCCUCCUCUUCGUCUACUCCCUGGACUACGCCCGUACCCGUCUGGCCAACGACAACAAGAACGCCAAGAAGGGUGGUGAGCGCCAGUUCAACGGUCUCAUUGACGUCUACCGCAAGACCCUCGCCUCCGACGGUAUUGCCGGUCUCUACCGUGGCUUCAUGCCCUCCGUCGCCGGUAUCAUCGUCUACCGUGGUCUGUACUUCGGCAUGUACGACUCCAUCAAGCCCGUCCUCCUCGUCGGCUCCCUCCAGAACAACUUCCUCGCCUCUUUCGCUCUCGGAUGGCUCGUCACCACCGGUGCCGGUAUCGCCUCUUACCCUCUUGACACCAUCCGUCGUCGCAUGAUGAUGACCUCUGGUGAGGCCGUCAAGUACAAGGGCACUUUCGACGCCGGCAAGCAGAUCAUCGCCAAGGAGGGUGUCAAGUCUCUCUUCAAGGGUGCUGGUGCCAACAUUCUCCGUGGUGUCGCCGGUGCUGGUGUCCUGUCCAUCUACGACCAGCUCCAGGUCCUGCUCUUCGGCAAGGCCUUCAAGGACCGCAAGCCACCGGCGCAACCCGCCAAGCGCGGUCGCCCUUCCAAGUCCACCCAACCCACCUCGACCACCGCGUCCACAAAGCGCAAAGCCACUGCCCCCGCGCAGCCCCGCAAGAAGACGACGGGCCCGUUCGAGCUCUCCGACAGCGACGCGGCUCCUGCUGCCCGGGCUGUCGACGAGGAGCAGGAAGAGGAUGAAGAGGAGGAGGAGGAAGAGCCCGAGGGCCCGGAGAACACGAUUCCGCCGGAGCUGCUGACGCGGCUGCUGCACGAGUUCUUUGAGAAGGACGACACGCGACUUAGUAAGGACGCGAACGCGGCGGCGGGGAAGUACAUGGAUGUGUUUGUGAGGGAGGCCAUUGCGCGGUGUGUGCACGAGAGGCCGGGCGGAUUCCUUGAGGUUGAGGAUUUGGAGAAGAUUGCGCCGCAGUUGCUGAUGGACUUUUGA